CCUUCUCUAUAUCCAAUAUGGCUGCGCCCAUGAAAACAAAUGUGAAAUACUUUGACUGCAGACAGCCCAAAUGAUCAAAAGAUACCGCAGACAAAUUGACGUGACGUUUUGAAGUUUCCACGCAUUGGAACUUUCACAUAUGUUGGUUGCCAAAAUCUCAAACUUUCAUGAUGCUUGUGUCUGAAAUUAUUUCACCUGUUAUCAAGCAGUGUCUUGCAAGGGUUGUUAAUCAGUCUCGGUUUAAACGCCUACUUACUUCCCCACACAUACCCUGCCGCCGAUGUCCCCAGCGAAAACUUCACUCUAACAGUAAAGAACAAGUUCCCCAAGCCUGGCAGGAAUCAUUUCAUCUAGAACCUCCACAACUCGAUCUUCAAUAUCUGUGCAAUCCACAAAAUACUGAGCAGAUUCAUCAAAAUAUUGUCAACAGAAAAGGAGUUGGUGAUAUUCAUAAAGUGGUUUCCCUAUGGCAGGAGUAUAACAAGGCCACUGAGGCUGACUACAAGAAGGAAGUAUGGAAACAGCUGAUUGCUGCAGCUCAGGACAUCCCCAAUACAAGCCAUCCCACUUCUCCAAUUGGUGAUGAGGAUCAAGCCAGAGUAGUCUCCCUUGUUGGCACAAAACGAGAGUUUGAUUUCAAGCCAAAGACAGUGGUGGAACUCGGAGACAAGCUGGGCUUACUAAGAACCGACAAUGUCUCCAUGACAACUGGUGAGAGGACAUACUACUUGAAGGAUGAGCUGGCGAGGCUGGAACAAGCUCUGAUUCAGUACACAGUGGACAGGGUCAAGCAGAAGGGGUUCCAGUUGGUGACGGUGCCUGAUAUGAUUCACUCAGCUGUCAUUGAGAGCUGUGGCUUCAAGACAUCAGGGGAGAGAACUCAGGUAUACAAGUUGGACCCAAGCAAACAUGGCGACGUCUGUCUUGCAGGAACGUCUGAGAUGCCUCUGGCAGGAUAUUUCAUGAAUGAAGAGCUGCAGCUAGAUCAGCUUCCAGUAAAAUUGUCAUCAAUCAGCCGAUGUUACCGGGCUGAGACAUCCGAGUUACAGGAGGAGAAGGGCAUCUACAGAGUGCAUCAGUUUACGAAGGUGGAGUUGUUUGGAGUGAGCUGCAGUGAGGGCGGCGGGGAGAGUGACCGUCUGCUGGAGGAACUCCUGGAUCUACAGAAGAACCUCUUUGCUGAUCUCGGGCUGCACUUCAGAGUCCUGGACAUGCCGACCCACGAGCUAGGAGCCCCCGCCUACAGGAAGUACGACAUCGAGGCCUGGAUGCCAGGGAAACAGUUCUGGGGAGAGAUUUCUAGUUCCUCCAGCUGCACAGACUACCAGAGCCGUCGUCUCCACAUCAAGUACAGAGGGCAGGACGGCCAUCUCAAACACGUCCACACAGUGAACGGAACGGCCUGCGCUGUUCCCCGGAUGAUCAUGGCCAUCAUGGAGAACAGCCAGAACCAGGAUGGGUCUGUCAGUCUCCCGGAAGUGCUGUGGCCUUACAUGAACACAGAAGUCAUCACCAAGUCACACAGCAUUGUUCAACCUCACUGGAUCAGGUUGAAAAAGAUCAAGUCAAAGAAAUAAAUGUCUUUUUCAUA